UCGUGGUAACUUAAACACAGACGACUAAGACAUGCUUUUUCCUCUCAAACACAAAAAAGGAUUCCUAAAAUUUGAUCUUAUCAUAAAAUUUUUAUAGGUGAAGAUGAGUAAUCACUACGACAAUUGGGAGAGGCUAGUAGAGGCCGUGCUGCGCCGGCAGCACGACCGGGAGAUAGCCCUGUGCCCUUCAACGAAUUCUAGCCCCUCCAGCUCUCGAUCUUCCAGUUUUGACAGCGAAUUUUAUGAUCAGCUACACGCUGCCAUCAUCAAGUACUCCAACAGCCAAAUUUUUCCAUUUCCCUCGGCAACUAUGGUUAAGAUUGUGGUGAUGUUGUCGAUGAACGACGAGAAAUCCCGUACCAAAGCCCUAAAACUCACGGUCGAGAUAUCCGGCAUCCAAUCGGUGGCUCUGGCGGGGGCGGGGGCGGAGAAGAGUCAGCUGGUGGUGGUGGGGGAGUGCAUCGACGCGGUAGAGCUCUUGCAGCAGCUGAGGAAGGGCGUGGGGUACGCGGAGCUUGUGAGCGUGGGCAGGGACGGAGCCAACAUGGGCCAAGUCGCUGCUCCAGCGGAGGCUUGGACGGUGCCAGUCCCAAUACCCCCACGGGCCCCACCAGGGUUGCCUGCUCGUGUUUAUACGUUUUUUAAGGAGAGGGUUAGAAAGAGAAUUGUGUUUUACUGGCAUGUCACCUUUUAAUUUCCGUUUAGUGAUUUGGGAAUUUCCGUUUUUCUUUU